GGCCCAGAUAUUCACUAUUAAGUGUCCAGGAAGGAUCUUUCUUAUAUAACGGUGCUUCUGAGGACUUCCAGAGUUACAAUGGAGGAGGAAUCGGGGAAGGAACUGGGGCUGGACAGGUCUACUCCCAAGGAUUUCCACUUUUACCACAUGGACCUGUAUGACUCUGAAGACAGACUGCAGCUCUUUUCAGAAGAGAACACUAGGAUGAGGAAAGAAGUAGUCCAAGCUGAAAUGGCCAAUGAGUCAAGAGGAGCAGGGGAUGGUAAGGCUCAAAGAGACCUUCAAGAGGAAGUGGAUGAACUUGUCCACUUAUAUGGACUUGAAGAUGAUCAUGAAUUAGGGGAUGAGUUUGUUGAUGAAAACAUACCCAGAACAGGCGUUUCAGAAUAUCCUCCUUAUAUGAUGAAGAGGAGAGACCCAGCCAGGGAGCAGAGAGACUGGAGACUUAGUGGAGAGGCAGCGGAGGCCGAGGACCUGGGCUUCGGAGGGUGGGGCUCGGCAGGCCAAUGCCAGGACUUGCGGGAAGCCUAUAGGUACACACACGGCCGUGCCAGCGAGGAGUAUGAAUGCUAUGUCAUCCCCGAGGAAGAGGAUGAAGAAGAAGCUGCUGAUGUCUUCUGUGUCACUUGUAAGACUCCAAUAAGAGCUUUUCAGAAGGUUUUUGAUGAACAUAAGGAGCAUGAAGUGAUCCCACUCAAUGAAGCACUGGAAAGUGCCAAGGAUGAAAUUCACAAAAACAUGUACAAAUUGGAAAAGCAGAUAAUUGAGAUGGAAAACUUUGCAAAUCACUUGGAGGAGGUUUUCAUCACUGUGGAGGAGAAUUUUGGAAAACAAGAACAAAACUUUGAGUCACAUUACAAUGAGAUCUUGGAAACACUUGCUCAAAAAUAUGAGGAAAAAAUACAAGCUCUAGGGAAGAAAAAGAAAGAGAAGCUGGAAGCCUUAUAUGGACAACUGGUCAGCUGUGGAGAAAACCUAGAUACUUGCAAAGAACUGAUGGAAACAAUAGAGGAGAUGUGUCACGAAGAGAAGGUGGAUUUCAUAAAGGAUGCAGUGGCUAUGGCUGACAGACUUGGGAAAUUCCUGAAAACAAAAACAGACGUGGAAAUCUCUGCACAGCCUGAGUUUGAAGACCAGACCUUGGACUUCUCUGAUGUGGAGCAGCUGAUGGGUUCCAUUAACACCAUUCCAGCUCCUUCUGCUCCAGUCAUAAAUCCACAGGUCCCUAACUCAGCCACAGGUUCCUCAGUCCGAGUGUGCUGGAGCUUAUACUCCGACGACACUGUGGAGAGCUAUCAGCUGUCCUACCGGCCAGUGCAGGACAGCUCACCUGGGAAGGACCAAGCAGAGUUUACAGUGACCGUCAAAGAAACAUAUUGCUCAGUGACAAACCUUGUGCCAAAUACCCAGUAUGAAUUUUGGGUCACAGCUCACAACAGGGCUGGCCCCAGCCCCUCUAGCGAGCGUGCAGUGUACAUGACAGCACCUUCUCCCCCCAUUAUUAAAACCAAAGAGAUAAGGAGCUGUGAAGAGGCUGUGCUGAUUUGCUGGGAGUCUGGGAACCUGAAUCCUGUGGACUCGUACACUGUGGAGCUGACCCAGGCUGAAAGUCCAGAAGCCUCGGGUGUAACUGAGUCUGUUGUGGGCAUCCCGACCUGCGAGUCCGUGGUGCAGCUGCAGCCGGGGCGGAGCUACAUUAUCUAUGUGCGAGCCCUCAACAUGGGGGGCCCCAGUGUGAGGAGCGAGCCAGCUACAGUCCAUACCAUAGGAAGCUACUUUCGCCUAAACAAGGACACCUGCCAUCCCCGGCUGACCAUUUCUGAAGAUGGACUUACGGUUGUACGAAGUGAAAGGAGAACCCCCGCCAGGGAGCUGUCACCCAGCGACACUCGCUUCACCAGGUGUGUUGCUGUCAUGGGAAACCUAAUUCCAGUCCGAGGGCACCAUUACUGGGAGGUGGAGGUGGAUGAGCAUUUGGACUACACAGUUGGUGUGGCCUUUGAAGAUGUCCCUAAACAGGAGGAUCUGGGAGCAAAUUGCCUCUCCUGGUGCAUGAGGCACACAUUUGCAUCAUCAAGGCAUAAGUAUGAAUUUCUGCACAACAGAACAACUCCAGAUAUAAGAAUAACAGUUCCACCAAAGAAGAUUGGCAUUCUAUUAGACUAUGAAAAUUCAAAGUUGUCAUUUUUCAAUGUGGACCUUUCUCAGCAUCUAUAUACAUUUAGUUGUCAGCUUCACGAAUUUGUGCAUCCCUGUUUUUCUUUGGAAAAGCCUGGGUGUCUAAAGGUACAUAAUGGCAUUUCAAUGCCAAAACAUGUCACUUUCUAUUAGAACAUUCUGAUGUCCAGUUUCCUGUCUUCCAUGCCUACCCCUCUUGCAGCCACUCACGCCUUAGCUGGCUGAACCUGGCAUUUAAGCACCAUGUGCCCAGCACGAUUUAUGGCUCAUGCUAUUAUCUGACAGACUGGUGUGCUGGCGCUCAUUUCACCCAACCUGGAUUCUAGUCCUGUGUGCUGCUACCUGUGUGCUGCUAGGAUAGUCACUACCAGGCCCAGCUGUAAAAUAAAGGCUCAGACUAAACGAACUCAAAAGUCUUUAAAGCUGUCAAACUGUAUUUGUGUAUAUGCAAAAUAUCUUGAGUUUCCAAGACCUAGAGAGCUUGGGAGAGGAGGAGGGUAGUCUUAAUGGCUCCAGCAGCACCAGUACACCCAUGCAUUUCAUGAGUCAGCCAAGAAUACACUUGAGAAGGCAAGAGGCUGUCUGUAGAGAACCAGGGAAGCUGUGUGCCCUUCUCAAUGUCUUCUACCCUCGUUUUCCCAAUAGUAAGCAGCACUGUGGUGAGGUCCCUUCCACUGUGUACUCUAUAUAAUACCCUGUUCCACUCCUACACAGUAUGCACCACUCUCUAAUUUUGAAAUUACCUCUAUAAUGCCUAAUUCCAUGAACGGAGGGACAGUGCCUGUUUUGUUCAUUGCUAGAUCACCAAGGGCUAACACCUAACAGCUGUCACCAAGUAUUUGUUGAAUAAAUUAGUAUCUUCUUCAGCCACUGCUCUUUGGCCUCUUACUGCUCUCCAUGUGAAGGAUGGCAGGGCCCUUUCAAAACUAUAGCAAAGGACCUACAGCCAAGAAAUGGGAAAAAACCUAGAAUGGAGGCAGCGUGAAAGAACAGACGGGCAUCUGUGGCAUAUUAGCAAAUGCGCGACAAUUUUUUUUAAAGAAAUUAACAGCCCACCAAAGGGCAAAGCUGAGCAUGGGAAGGAAGACUGGUCUCUAGCUAGGCAGCUUUCAGGCAUCCUGCCUCACUGCCCCCAGGCCAUUCUGUGGGCUCAAUGCCCAACUCCACCAGCUACAUUCCUGGUUCUCCCGUUCAAGUUUCCAGUUGCCACUUAAGCUCUGCACACAUAGCAUUUUCAAAGCUUGUGAGUGAAGCUGCAGAAUAAUUCCGUUUGUGAAGCAAUUACAAUUCAGUAUCAUGUCCCACAGAUGCCUCUAAACCCAGAUAUGCCCUAAUCUCAUCAUUUAAGGUUUUGUGUUUAAAAAAAAAAGUCCACUUUUAUGUUUUCUGGCGAAACCCCAUCUCUACUAAAAAUACAAAAAAUUAGCCGGGCAUGGUGGUGGGCGCCUGUAAUCCCAGCUACUCAGGAGGCUGAGGCAGGAGAAUUGUUUGAACCCGGGGGGCAGAGGCUGCAGUGAGCCGAGAUUGUGCCACUGCACUCCAGCCUUGGCAACAAGAGCGAAACUCUGUCUCAAAAACAAACAAACAAAAAACCUCUGAUGUUUUCCAGCACAUGCAAAGUCUGACAAACUGAAAGACUCUCAUCUCCUACUAAACUCUGCCUACUGGUAUAAAUGGCAGCUCAGGUUCCUGAAUUAACAAUUCACACUGACAAUUUAAUAACUCGUUAUACACACACACACCUAUCCUGCCAAGCUUGACUGUCUACUCUGAAGCAAGGGACAGCAGAUGUAACCACAGAAAUAGUUUCAGUUAUAAACAAUUAAAAGAUACAUAUUAUGUAUAUUUAAAAAUGUUCUCGGCUGGGCGCGGUGGCUCACGCCUGUAAUCCCAGCACUUUGGGAGGCCGAGGCGGGUGGAUCACAAGGUCAGGAGAUCGAGACCAUCCUGGCUAAUACGGUGAAACCCCAUCUCUACUAAAAAUACAAAAAAUUAGCUGGGCCUGGUGGCGGGCGCCUGUAGUCCCAGCUACUUGGGAGGCUGAGGCAGGAGAAUGGCGUGAACCUGGGAGGUGGAGCUUGCAGUGAGCCGCGAUGCCUCACAGAUCAAGACUCCAUCUCAAAAAAAAAAAAAAAAAAAAAAAGUUCUCAGCUACUGAAACAGAAACUACCAAGUAAAAAACAGGAUAUCACAGAGAAGGCAAGUUUGAAUUCAGGGUUCUAAUAGGUUUUAUGGAAUACUACACAUGUUAAUAUGAACACGGAUAAAUGGAUUAAAAACUCAACACCUAUAAAGUUUUAAUUAAAUUUU